AUGUCAGCUGCAUCAUGGGCGUCUACGCUUAUUCUGUUGCCUUUCCAUGAGCCGCGAGUGAGUCUGAAUGUGCACGAUUUGAGCAUACAGCGCGGGCACGAGGCAAGGGGCAUGCGGACGGAGAGUGAGAAUGCUAUAUUUAAGAUUGACCUGGAGGUGGAUGUGACCGAAUGUUUUAAUUGGAACGUGAAAGAG